UAUACGCAUUGCCGAUUCUUGUAAUCCCCGUCUCUCGACACACAAAAAGACCGGCGCAUGUUUUAACUCGUCUUCCCCUACCGAUCCUACGAUUCCUCAUCACCUUUCGUCUUCUUUUCGGCCACCCUGAUCGACCACCAAAAUGCCUCCCAAGAAGGUCGUAAAGCCUAAAGAGAAAAAACCUCAAGCUGACCCGGAUAUCGACCUGACAGGCAUUCCGCCGCCCCUGCCCCCAUCUGUCGAGGAAGCGUACCGAAGAAAGUGCAUCCAGUUGAAGCAGCGCAUCAAUGAAGUCGAAGAGGAGAAUGAUGCGACCCGCCUCCGCCUCGCGCGUCGGAAGCGCCAGAUCGAAAAGGCACGCGUCGAACGCGCCUUCCUACUCGAGCAGCUGAGUCGCCGCACUAGCACAAACGUCGAGGACUCGGAAGGCAGUCCGUCUCCUCCGCCAACUCCGAAAGAAAAACCAUUGCGUACCAAGCGUGGUCACCGGAAAACCUCUCUGCUACCCAGCGCUGAUGACGCCGCUAAGGCCGGCGACGCCUCCCCUUUCAUCAGCCAAAACCUGGCCACCUUAUCCCCCACCUCGGAGACCUUCUCCCAGACCGUAGCCGACUCGUCUGCCGCUCCCGCCUCUCGCCGCGCCACGAACGGCUUGCCCAAGGCACCCAAACAACCACCCAGCGCAUUCGAGAUGUAUUGUGAAGAGGCUCGCCCCGCAAUGCUCAAGAAGCGCGACGAGAAGGACGAAAACGAGAAGGGCGGUGAGGCCGAGUUGUCGGUCGACGAGGAGCUAGCCCGCAACUGGGACGACUUGCCCGAGAGCGAGAAAAAGCCCUUCGAGACGCGCCAUGAUGAGGCCAUGGCUCAGUAUAAGAAAGACAAAGAGGCUCACGACGCGGCUAAGAAGAAGACCAAGAAGGCCCCGGCGCCGGCGCAGGAGGAAAAGGACGAACAUGAAGGUGAUGCUGAAGCAGAGCGCGCAUCUGACGGUGGAAACAACGACAAGAAAGAUGUCAAGUCGCCGGCCGCCGCCCCCGAGGAGACCAUGAAAGAUGUGGAAGACGAUGUGAAGACGGGUGAAGGGCCUGACGCAGCAGCGGAUAAAGCCAAGUCUGGAUCGGCCGCUGACGACAAUGCUACCCCAGCCGCGCAGGAUGAGGAUGUGGAAAUGACAAUGGAUGAUAAUGAUGGCGAGGGCGAGGGCGAGGGCGAGGGCGAGACUAAGGACAAGCCUUCCGGGGAGAAUGAGGAGGAGUGAUAAUGGCACCGGUGACAGGGAAUGAGAACAUCGGAUAGAACGAAUUGGCGUUCAGGAUGCGAACAGGAGAGAAUCUCGGGCUAGUGGAGAGGAGGAAAAGCCGCC